GGCUCAGGGUUUUUAUUUAUUCUAUUGGGCUCAACCCAUCGCAGUCGAGUUCAUUCCUCCUUCAUUCCUCAUUCGGUCUGCACUGACGUCAUCUGCUCCUAAACUAAAACUCUUCUUCGCUUCGGACUCUUUGAAGUAUUACGUGAAUCUCAAAGAUGGCUGGCAGAGGCACAGUGAAGGCCCAUGGUGGAUUCAAUGCUAACAAUGAUGCUGAAGUUCUCUACAAGGCCAUGAAAGGACUCGGCACCGAUGAGGAUGCUAUUCUCCAGCUGCUGACAGCACGCAGUAAUGCACAGCGCCAAGAAAUCAAGGCUGCAUUCAAAACCCUGCAUGGAAAUGAUUUGGUGGAUAAUCUGAAGUCAGAGCUGGGUGGGAAGUUUGAGAGUCUGAUAGUAGCUCUGAUGACUCCUCCCAUCAUGUAUGAUGUCACAUGUCUGCGGGAUGCUAUUAAGGGUGCAGGCACAGAUGAGAAAGUGCUGAUUGAGAUCUUGGCAUCAAGGUUACCUAAUCAAGUCAACGAGAUCAAAAGUUCAUACAAGCAAGAGCAUAAGGAUGAUCUGGAGGAAGAUGUGACUGGUGACACUGGAGGUCAUUUCAGGAGGAUGCUGGUUAUUUUGCUACAAGCCAGCAGACAGCAGAGUGUACAAGAGGACCUCAUCCAAAGCGAUGCCAAGGCUCUGCUUGCAGCAGGAGAACAGAAGUAUGGAACCGAUGAAGGCCAGUUCAUCACUAUACUGGGAAACCGUAGUAAUGCUCACCUUAGGAGAGUGUUUGAUGAGUAUAGAAAGCUCUCAGGGUAUGAAAUAGAGGAGAGCAUCCAAAGAGAGACAUCAGGAACCCUCCAAGAAAUACUGCUGGCCGUGGUGAAGUGUGCCCGAAGUGUGCCAGGUUAUUUUGCCGAGAGCCUUUACAAUGCCAUGAAGGGCUCAGGCACUGAUGACCAGACACUGAUCAGGAUCAUGGUUUCCCGCAGUGAGGUGGACAUGAUGGAUAUACGAGCUGAAUUCCGCAAGCGGUUUUCAACCUCUCUGCACAAGAUGAUUCAGGGUGAUACCUCAGGUGACUACCGUAAAGCCCUUCUCCUGCUGUGUGGCGGUGAUGAUGCAUAAACUCUCAGUGUGGGUCAGAUCCCAGGGAGAUGAACCCAAUUCAGGACCGAUUACAAAUACAUGACAUUCCAAAUCGAUAGAAGGAUCUCUUGUCCGGUUGUGAAGAUGCUAUGCAUGGCACAUAGAAUUUUUUAAUUCAAGUAAGCAAUAAACACAUUCUGGCAUUCAUAUUUCAUGAAAUGUGUAAUCGAUUUAGAUAGAAAAAAUAUUUUAGUAGAAACUAUAAAAAAACAAAGAACGGAGAACAAUAUAAUAAUCAUUCUCUGUUUGACUUGAUCUAUUACAGAAAAAAAGUCCUAAUCAUUUCUUUUUUAAGAUAUUUUUGUUAUAAACUCCGCUAAAUUAAAUAAAACCAAAGACUCAUUUGUACUCAGUAAAGCAAUAUUUUAAAAGCAUUCAUCAUUCAUCACUUUUUUUUUUAUUGUUUGUAUGGUUACUAACUUCCUUGACAUUUCAGUACAGCAAUAUAAUAUUCAAAUUCAUUAAUUGCAUUAUUCAAUAUAAUAUCACAUCCAGUCUCAUAACUGGCAUUAUUAGUAAGCUUGUUUCAAUGUGUGUGUUUACCCACAGCAAAUAAAGAUAAGCAAAAUGUUUGCCCUCUUUAAGGAUAUUAAUGCUUGUUAAAAGCUGAAGAAAAAGGUGCUACUACUAAAAUGUUCUAAUAUUUCAUUGCCAUGAUAUUCACAAUAAACUCAUGAAAUAAAAGCAAA